AUGGAGAAGAUCAAAAUACCGACAUGUAAGUAUGACGGCAAAACUGACCCGGAAGAUCAUAUAUCGGCCUAUGAGGGACACAUGUUGCUGUACACCGACACUGACUCGGUAUGGUGUAAGGUGUUCCCCUCUACACUAACUGGGCUAGGCCAGACCUGGUUCAAGAGCAUACCACCGACAACAGUCUUUGAUUUCCGCCAGCUCACAUCAAUGUUCGUUACACAUUUUGUUAGAAACAAGCGUAGGGACAAAACUACCGGUGAGCUGAUGUCGGUCAAGAAAGGGGAGACAGAGAGUCUAAGGGACUAUGUAGGGAGUUUCAACGCAGAAGCUGUCACCAUCCCCACUCUGCAGCAGGAGGUUGCCAUCCUAGCUCUCAUGACGGGUUUAAAGGAAGGAACCCCCUUCAGAAGCUAUCUGGGCCGUAAAAAGCUAACAAGUCUUAUAGAGGUCUUAGGCAAGACGAAUGACUUCAUCCGGGGGGAAGAAUUUGACAAGGCAUCAAAUACUAAAAGGCCUGCAGCAGAGGAGAAAGAUAAGGAAAAAGACCCCAAGGACGAUAAAUACCGGAAAGACAAGAAGUCGGACACCUCCAACAGAAGGGAGGAAAGUAACUCUGUGAAGAAGGGCCACGAAGGUCGACCUGACAAAUACCACAAUUAA